CGUACACACACACAUUGGUUGUUUAACUACAACUUGCGUGCGUGACUUCUUGUCCGUCAUGCAAUGUCAUGCGUGCUUUGCUGUUUUAACAUAUCGACACUACACUAGCAUUCAGUCAGUGUUGCAUUAACCCCAGCAGAAAUAAGGAUCUGUUGUGAUUUUGACUCAAUACCCUCUUAAAGAAACAGUAAUGGCAGGGAAUAUGUGCACAGAAUCAUUGCAAGCUGAUCGGCAACUAUUAGAUCCACAUUUUGAUGGUUAUAAGUUAUCACUGGACACAUUGCCAACUUAUUCAGUUAAUGUCAUAUCUGGUAUUGAUGAAGUGAAACUGCGUGGUGACCAGUACACAUUGCAGCAUGUGAAAGCAUUUGGUAUACAUAACCAUUUAAUUCUAGACCAAUGGCAUAAUAACUGCGUAUACUAUGUCAACCAACAAUGGAAGGUUAUUCAACACAGAAUCAUAUUGGAGUCACAACUGGAACCUGGUAAUGAGGUGUUUGAGGCGACCGACAGAAGUGAAAGGUGUAAUAAACCAAGGCACAAUGUGACUCUAAACUUCCCUUCACCAGACCUGUGUGUUUUAUCAGAUGGGACAGGCUCUCUUUACUUAUUGGCAACUGGGAAUAGAGAUUGUGCAGCAGUUCAACCAUGGCAGACCCUUUUCAGAGAGGAAGUAUGUGGUUUCUAUAAGCCAUUUGUUAUACUACACUCCAUGGUUCAGUCAUCAUCAGCGCUUUGUAUAUCGGUUGAUUGUCUACUCUUAUGUAUUGAAGAAGAAUCAGCAGAAGAAUCUCAAUCGACUACGCCUAGUCAUUUUACUGCCUUCCUAGAUUGGGUUACCAUCACAAAACCCAAUGAGAGCACAUCAUUUGGAGUAAGUCGUAAAAGGAGACUGAGGAGCCAACUUGCACCAUUCUAUGCUGCUAUUGAACAAAGAGGUCAAGCCUUGUUAAUUGCAAGUGAAUCAGAAUAUGAAGUCAUUAAUGAUUCUGACCAUACUACAACAGAAGAAACAAAAGCAGAAGAUUUAUCAGCAAAACCAGAUACUGCACAUCCAUUAUUUACUUGGACUCAAACUUCCGAGGAUGUGAUUGUUACAUUCAUCCUGCUUCCUUCAACACCAAAAACUGAUGUUCAGUUUCUACUCACGGCUGAGACUAUACACCUUGCUAUCAAUAGCAGUAGAGAUCUACUGCUGGGCUCCUUCUAUAGGCAGGUGGAUGUACAGUGUAGUACUUGGACACUUGAAAAUGGCAGAUUGGAAGUGACUCUAGCAAAGAGUGAAGAGGGAGUUAUGUGGCCUGAAGUGGUUGAAGGCAAUCCAGAUGGCCAGUAUGUGGUAGAUGCAGACCAAGCUAGGAUUAUUCAUGAAAGACUUGCACACUUAACUUCACAACAAUUGAAUCCUGAUCCAGUUCCUGGAAGUACACAGUCAGGUAUCGGACCUCAUGACUUAGAAGAAUGUGAUGCUUUACCAGAGGAAUAUUCAACAUUGGUUAGACUAGAUGGAAAUACUCACCAAGUCACUAACAGGGUGAGUUUAAGCAGUCAUCAGUUUCUGUUCAAUGCACAGACUCAUCCCGACAAACCACCGUGUAUCUGCUUACGUCAUGAUGUAGAUGGAUUACUAUGGCAACCAGAUUUGAGUACUAAGGAACAUACAUCCCCAUGGUAUCAUACUGCAACAUAUAAUGCCCUUGGUUAUGUACAAGCUUCUAAGAUGGAUCGUAAAUACUCUAGCUGUCCUGCUAAUUGUUCCUAUGCAGUAAUAUGUGAUAGCACCAGACAUGUCUAUGUUUAUCGACAGCCAACACCAAUCUCUACACCACUCAGAAAUAGGAAGAGUGGCCGUGUUGUUGGUCAGAUUGCAAAGCAGCAAUUAAUAAGUCUGGAGUCAAUUGAUGAUAUACUGGGUAUAGCAUGUGCUGAUGAAAGAGUCUAUGUAUUGACCACCAACAAGCUAUAUAUAAUAAGAGUCACUUUGACAUAGGGACUGAAAACAGGAUCAUUUCAAAUUCCACAGGUAUUUAGGAUUUCCAUUUAUUUAAUGCAGUUUUGUCCAUAAAGACUUUGCAUUUAUGUUAAAUUUUAUUUUGUUUUAAAUAAAUUUUGUCACCAACGCUGGCUAACAACCAUUAUGUGAGGUUUUCUUCAAUUUUAGACUUUUGACCAAAGUCACCUGAUGUAAUGGGUUUACAGUAAGGUAGCUUCUCAGUGUGUUAUCAAUCCUUCCAAUGGUAUACUUCCCAUUGGUAUAACUUCCCUUGAUGUUCAAAAUAUGUAGUCAGUAUUAUGUACAUUUCAACCUGAAAGAUGGAAAUACAUGUUCAAUGUACUGAUAAGUGUAUACAAUAUUUUUCAGUGGAUUUUUGUACAAACCAACAUGACCAAUAGUUCAUGUGAAUUGUUUGUACGAGGAGAAAAAGCCAUGCAGUCAGUCCGCAGCUAGCCUUUAAUCAUGGCGACGGCACCCCCAGCAGUCACGCACGAAAAAAGACCAGCUUGAGCGGCUAAGCCGUGAAGCGCCAUUUGCAACUCGUUUUGGGGCCUUAUGUUUUUCUUUACUUUUUGCCACAGAUUUUGGUGGGAGAAAUGUAAUGCAGUAGUGGCCAAUAAGUAGACACAAUUACCACUGAUGACACGCCGCGUGCACGCCCCAUGACCCACACACAUAACGGUGCACUAAAACUCACAUGCUGAGGGCAACACACAGAAGGUGCAUAUAUAUAUAUGAAUAACUGAUAAGAUAAACGAGUUGCUAAAUGGCGCUUCGCGGCUUCGCCGCUCGCACUGGUCUUUUUUCGUGCGUGAUAUUUGGGGUUGUGCUUGACAUCUGGGGGUGCCGCGUGCACCUUGACACAUAAAGGCUAGUCUGCAGCGGACUGGUGGCCAAAAUGGCGGGGUUAGUGUUUACAACGGGUUUUACUCUUGGUUUUUGUAUUUUGUUCACGCUUUUUUUUGUCAAAAACUUAAUGGAUAAUGUUGAAGGGUCUCAUUUGAAGUGUAUCCUGACUGGACUAGGUAAAAA